AGCGGGGUUACGUUUUUAGCGUUGAGCAGCGUACGUGUGUGUGUGGGGCUGCAGCCACCGUUAACGCCCACUAGGUAUUGCUCAUUUUUUUGCGGAGGGAGCGCUCCAUUCACAGGGCUGGGCAGGCGGCAGGCGACGCGCAGGAGCGGCAGAACACCCGAACACCAUAGCGACGUAGUGUGGAACCCAAAUGAUGGUCUCCGUCUGAGAACACAGGCCAGGUCCAACCGCUUCGACACCGGACUCAGCGUCUUUACCGCCGCAAUCACCCCCGCCCUCCCCAGGAAUGAAAUCGGAGUGUCUUGAUUGAAUCUUGGAGGCUCCAUCCUACCCCCCGACCUGCCGCGGAAAUAUACGGACUUCCUCUUCGCCUGGCUCGCUACUGCCGCAGACCGACCGCUCCGCCCGGCUCACCGAACCCCCGGCUGUCCGCGGACUACCGACACCUCGUCCGGACACAUCGGGACUGCCCGCUCGUCGGAGAAACGCAAACGUGCCUGUGUGUGCUUUUGUUGCCUAUAUGAUGCCGACACAUUUGCGGUUCCGGAGAAGGUCAUUCCUUGGGCUCUUAUUCCUUUUUUCACUGUCCACCUCGGCGUUAUAUUUCAUCUACUCCGCCCCGGGAAUCGUGAAUGAGUAUGUGUUUAUGGUCCAAGCCAGAGGGAUCCAGUUCAGAGAGAACGUGAAAAACCUCGGGGCUCAGGUUCUGGAGCAAGUGGUGAGAGGAGCCUACAGCGUCAACGGCACAGAUUAUUCCUAUGACUUCAACUUCAAUGACAGCGAUGCCCCUCCCACCACAUACCUCCCCGUGGGCUUCACCUACUUCCCCUCGCAGAUUUGCCCUGAGAGGCUCCCCUCUAUGAAGGGCAGGUUGGAGGUGAACAUGAGCGAAGUGUCCCUGGAGGACGUGGAAAGGUCCUUGCUGGAGGUGGAGCCAAGCAUGGCCUUUGGAGGCUACUGGAAGCCCAAAGACUGUAUACCUCGCUGGAAGGUGGCAAUCCUGGUUCCCUUCAGGAACCGACACGAACACCUGCCCAUCCUCCUGAGACACCUGGUGCCAGUGCUUCAGAAGCAGAGACUCCAGUUUGCCUUUUAUGUCAUAGAGCAGAGUGGUACCGAGCCGUUUAACCGAGCCAUGCUGUUCAACGUGGGCUACAAGGAAGCGAUGAAAGACCUGGACUGGGACUGUCUGGUCUUCCAUGACGUCGACCACCUCAUGGAGAACGACAGGAACUACUACGGCUGUACGAACAUGCCCCGACACUUCGCAGUCAAACUCGACAAGUACUCCUACAUGCUUCCGUAUCACGAGUUCUUUGGAGGUGUGAGUGGCCUGACAGUGAAGCAGUUCAAAAAGAUUAAUGGAUUUCCUAAUGCAUUCUGGGGCUGGGGAGGAGAAGAUGACGACCUCUGGAACAGGGUGCAGUUUGCCAAUUACACGGUGAGCAGGCCACACGGAGAUCAGGGACGCUACAUGUCCAUCCCACACCACCAUCGUGGAGAAGUGCAGUUCCUGGGACGGUAUAGCCUACUACGUCACUCAAAAGAGAGACAGAAAGUGGACGGUCUGAACAACCUAAACUACUCCCCUCUAGUCUCCAGGAGGCCUCUCUACACCAACAUCACAGUCAGCUUGAGCAGAAUGCUUGCGCCUGUAGCCGACUACUGAUGUAGGCAGAGCUGGACUGCAAAACACCUGGGAAUCAAAGUCCUCUGGGACAUCAGCCAUAUCUCACCGGUUACAAAACUGCAUAGGACUUUUCCGUUUAUUCGUUUGCUUUUUUUUUUUUCUUUUGUUUGUAUGCAAAAAAAGAGAAGAAAAAAAAAAGGAGACUCAAAAUAAGUACGUUUGAUAAAUCAUUUUAGAAAAUAGGGAUAAAUGCUGCACUUGUUCGUGCCACAGUCCAUCACUCCUCUCAUCUGGGCUUAUCUAGACUUCAGUCUCCACAUGCCUUUUGCACCAUUUUGGCCUUCAGCAUCCAUUCAUUUAGUCAUUUCUUCUUCUGUCCAUUUAGCUCCGCCCUGCACUGUCGGGCUCGACUUAUUUAAAAAAAAAAAAAAGAAAAAGAAAAGAAAAAAAAAAGUGAUGAUACAUAAAUGCACAUUCAGGUGCACGGACACCCCACACUCGCACGCACACGAAAGCUUGACUUAAAUGCGCUGACAUGAUCCUGAGGCUUUGAUUUUUACUUCUUCUUCUUUCUUUUUUUUUUUUUUUUCCUUGCACUUAUUAGUUUGUUAAUGCAGUAAACCUGUGAAAACAUUUGCAUGCACACAACACCAAACAGCAACGUUAACCGAGAGGACUUGUGCAGCUGGUUCUGCAUAAGGUAUGCCAAAUCUACAGGUAAAGAGAGCGAGAGAGGAUAACAAAGAGUGAGUGUUUUCAGUCAUAUAUAUAUAUCUAUAUAUAUUGUAUGUGAAAUAGUUUAUUCUAAGUUCAGAGAAUAUUAAUUCCUCAACCAUCUCUUACUAACUGUUCUGUCCCUGAAACAUACCAUUCGAAGACUGUGAUGUUUGUGUUUUGCAUAGUUGCAUUGAAUGUUCUGGCUGCCUGCACGUGGUUUGUAUGUUGAAGUGCAAUGUUCAUCCUGUUAGCAAUAAGCUGUGAUAUCGAACAGCAGAACUUAGCCCUGACUUCCUCACCAAUACAGAUGCAAUAGCACGGGUGCUAGCAUACCCUUAUUGGACUACACACAAAAGGAGUGACUGCGUAUGCAAACUUCACAUUCAACUCAACUUUGCCUAAACAAACACAUGCCACCCUGUCACUACUCGUGUCUGUGAACAUUGUCCGCCUGUAAGUGAGGGAGAGCUAUGCAAAUGGCCUGUGUGUAUCUCGCUGUCAGCGCAAGGAUAUCGGCGUGACCUCCAGGAGCGUCGCGCUCCCAAACCAACACAUUGACUUUAGACCUCACUUUGCUUGCAGCGUGUGAAGUCAGGCCAGGGAGAGAUAAACAGUCACGGUUUUAUUUUUAGAUCCCGCAUCCUUAAUGUUUACUCACCUUCAUUUUUAUAGAAGCAAAUUGGAGGAAGAGAAUACUUGAUUGCUGUCACUGUCACUGGUGUUUACAGAAGCUUUUGCUUGAUUAUUUUCAGAUUGUUGAGUGUUUGUAAUACUGCUAGCCAGCCCUCCUCCAUCAUGAGUGCUGUGAAAAUUGUAUCUCUUCAACAAACAAUCUAUGGCUGCCUUUAUAUAUUUUUUUUUUCUCCAUUUGUGAUCUUUAUCUAGAUUUGGAUAUGGAAAUGCAGAUCUGAGUUCUGAUCUCAGAUGUCAGGUUUGUUCAUUUGCGGCCAGGCUUUGGCUUGUGAGGUGUUUUUUUUUUUUUUUUUUGCAUGAAUCAGACUUCGGGGUGUUAAUCCGUGUAGAUUCUUUUUUUUGUUCAGCGGCCAGCAGCCGAGCACUGUGCUCGACACAGACGGACAGCCCUCUGAAAACCCACAGCGGUGACGUUCUCCUGAUUUAUGUGUUUGACAGUGUUGAUUUUGAGUAAAAUAUCCCAAUACUGUAAAAAAAAAUGUAGUUUCUUUUGAAGAUAUCAUACAGACAUACUCUCCUCACUGUCUGUCUUCUAGUCAUGCAGCUACUUCAUUUCACACAAAUCGCCUUGUAUGCAUUUCUUAAGAUGUAUCUUCUUGGGGUGGGGGAGGGUGGGGGAGGGGGGGGGGGGGUUGUGGGUGGUUGAUGAAAUAAGAAGUAAAGAGGCUGGACCUCGAUUUAUUUAUUUGAUGGAUUAAUUUCCUUAAUUGUUGAGUUUUUAUUUUUCUUGCGGUUGAUGUGAUGAUUUAGUAGGUGACAUAUGACAGACCGUGUUAGAUGCACUGAAACGUAGUUCUGUGUACUUGUGUGGGAUGCGAGGUUCAGGUCUGUGAAAACGAGGCUGUUCCAUUUCAUUCGGACGCAGACUUCCUCCUCAGACUUGACGUUAAAUAGCUGGUUCUAAUGAAAUGGAAUCAGGCCUGUAGCCCGGUGUUAUUAAUCUUCUGAGCAGACACGUUGGAGGAGGCCAUUUUGUGUGACAACCACAGGAAGAGCAAAGACACAAUCGGAACCUGCUCGUGGUCUCUGUCUUUCACUGAUCACCUCCAUUAUCCUAAUUGAUAAUCAAUGGUGCUGACCUUCCUCAGUCCCCCCUUACCGGGACUCAUUGGACGUGCUUACUGGAACCAACCCUGACACCACAGAGGCUGGUAUCGACGGGCAGAGCAUCCCUCCAACCUGUGCGGCUGCUUCCUUUGAUUCUGCAUAUGAGUGGAGUUUACAUCCAUACAUUUGUAAACCUGUUGCCUUUUCAUCCUGCCAGCUGAAACCUAAUCCAUGCAUUUUGUUGUGUUCUGGUGCAUCGCCGGAGGCAGAAGCGCGUGUUUACCUCCUCUCCAAUCACUCGGGGGCGGGGGGGGGUGAGCAGUGAAAGUCAUAGAUGGGCGCACAGUUUGUGUCAAAAGUUUUCUUUUCCACGUGUGUUCGAGUGAAAUGGCUACAAACCUUUUAGAGGUCGAACUGUCCUCCAUCCGAAUUUUGAAGAUUUUGUCUUUUCUUCAGUUUUUUUUUUUUUUUUUUUUUUUUUUCCCGGCACUGAUUUGACUUAUUAUUUCUAGUAACCUGGUUGUGAACAACUCACAGGUUGUCUUUGUAGUUCCUAACACUCACAUGAUACACUGUAUAAUAUCUUCUCUUUUUUUUUUUCCUUUUUUUUUUUCUUUUUUUUUAGAAAAAAAAACAUGUCGUUGCUUUAAAUUAAAAGCUAGAUGGACAUUUAGCAAAAGCCAAAUGAUCUUAGGAUGAGUGUUCAGGUGAUGAUUUGGCCCUCUGGACGAUCGAGAUAAUCUUAGAGUCAGUAUUCGGCUCAAUACUUCACAAUGUAGAAGCAGCUUUCAUCAGCAAACACCAUGUAUUUAGGAAGAUGUUCUUUUUGUGACUACUAGACGGCUUUUUGUCCACUAGAUGAAAAUUGUAACGGGGCAAAUCGGUCAGCACUCUCUCGCUUUUAUCUAAAAUGGGAACUACAUUGAUUUCAGAUGACGAUAAGAGCAUGCUGGCUAGUCUUGUUCCUGCUAUAUAUUUAAUGUACAUGGUCUCAAUCCAGACCGCGACCAGGACUGCUGCUCACUAAAGAGGCUUCAUCGUACCAUAAUCUCACCUGUUCUGAUCCAUUAUGUGCCAGUUUGAAUGAAGGGACCAUUUUCUGGGCAUCUGACAAGACUGGCAGCCUUAAAGCUUCUUAAUUUAUUGCAGUGUUUUUUCACUCAAGUUUUUAUUUUAUUUUUUUUUAUAAGCAACACUAUUUAAAUUUGAAAAGAAAAAAAAGUGCAUAUCAAAAACUAUUGAUCAUUGUAAAUAUUGUUGUGUGUAGUGUUUUAGAAAUUCUAUAAGGUCUUAAAUCACUACAGAUGCUAGCAUAAAGAACAAGGCUUCAGAGGGUGUUUGGCUGGAGGUGUAUUUGGUGCCAUUUCAGUUCUCGUGAAGCUUUUACACAGUGACAUCAGUGUUUUUACAUCACUGCUUCCCAGCACAGAUCCAUUUCUUUUGCAUUGAACGAAGAUAAAAAAAAAUA